UUUUACUUUCGAAUCGGAACCAUCAAAUUGUAAAUAAACAAAGUUGGGAGCAGAGUCGCUACGGAAUUUGAUAAGUGUGAGGAUGGUGAAAAUAGGCCUCCAAAUUAAGGCUGUACUAGAAAAUAUUACUGAUUUGGAACCUAAUGGUGAAGAUUUUCGUUGGUAUUUAAAAUUGAAAUGUAUGAACUGCGGUGAAGAACCCGAAAAAUGGCAAUACGUAUCUCUUGAAGAAAAGCUACCUUUGAAGGGUGGUAGAGGCGAAGCUAACUUUGUGAGUAAGUGUAAACUCUGUGCUCGUGAAAAUUCCGUAGAGAUCUUGCCAGAUUCCUUAAAAAAAUAUACAGCAGAAGAUUCUGAAACUUUCAAAACUAUUGUUGCAUUCGAUUGUCGUGGAGUUGAUCCGACUGAUUUUUCACCAAGAGCUGGAUGGAAAGCUGUCGGUGAAUCCUCGGGCACUAAAUUCGACGAAAUCAAUUUGGAAGAGAAAGAAUGGGUUGAUUACGAUGAAAGAGCUAAUAUGUCUGUAUCUGUGUGUGAAAUUGAACAUAAAUUUAUCAAAGUUUGAUGUAUAUCGUUAUUCGAUUUGAUUUAUAAAUAAAAUAAAUCCGAACUGA